AUGUCUGAAGGAAUUACUGAAAUCGACUCCGGUUUGAUCGAAACCAACUACGAUAACGUUGUCUACUCAUUCGAUGACUUGAACUUGAAGCCAGCUAUCGUUAGAGGUAUCUUCGGUUACGGUUAUGAAUCGCCAUCAGCCAUUCAACAAAGAGCCAUUUUACCAAUCACUGAAGCCAGAGACGUCUUAGCUCAAGCUCAAUCCGGUACCGGUAAGACUGCUACUUUCACCAUCUCUGCUUUGCAAAGAAUUGAUGAAAACGAAAAGGCUACCCAAGCUUUGAUCUUGGCCCCAACCAGAGAAUUGGCCUUACAAAUCCAAAACGUUAUCACCCACAUUGGUUUGUACUUGAACGUCACUGUCCAUGCUUCCAUUGGUGGUACCUCCAUGAAGGACGAUAUUGAAGCUUUCAGAUCAGGUGUUCAAAUCGUUGUUGGUACUCCAGGUAGAGUUUACGAUAUGAUUGAACGUCGUUUCUUCAAGACCGAAAAGGUCAAGAUGUUCAUCUUAGAUGAAGCCGAUGAAAUGCUUUCAUCUGGUUUCAAGGAACAAAUCUACAACAUUUUCAGAUUAUUACCUGAAACCACCCAAGUUGUCUUACUUUCUGCUACCAUGCCUCAAGAUGUCUUAGAAGUCACCACCAAGUUCAUGAACAACCCAGUCAGAAUCUUGGUUAAGAAGGAUGAAUUGACCUUAGAAGGUAUCAAGCAAUUCUACAUUAACGUUGAAAAGGAAAACUACAAGUUUGACUGUUUGUGUGAUUUAUACGAUUCCAUCUCUGUUACCCAAGCUGUUAUCUUCUGUAACACCAGAUCCAAGGUUGAAUUCUUGACCACCAAGUUAAAGGCUGAAAACUUUACCGUUUCUGCCAUCCAUGCUGAUUUACCUCAAGCUGACAGAGACACCAUCAUGAACGAAUUCAGAUCUGGUUCCUCAAGAAUCUUGAUCUCUACCGAUUUAUUGGCCAGAGGUAUUGAUGUCCAACAAGUUUCCUUAGUUAUUAACUACGAUUUACCAUCCAACAAGGAAAACUACAUCCAUAGAAUUGGUAGAGGUGGUCGUUUCGGUAGAAAGGGUGUUGCCAUCAACUUCGUCACUGACGAAGAUGUUGGAAUGAUGAGAGAAAUUGAACAAUUCUACUCCACUCAAAUCGAAGAAAUGCCUGCUGACAUUGGUACUUUGUUUGCUUAA